UGCAAGAUUUUUCCUUGCAUAAAUUAUGUUCAUGACGUAGUGCAAAAGGCAUAUUUUGAGCUAAUUUUUUCCGACUUUGCCGCUCCAGUAGGAUUUUGUGAGACGCCUCAAGGAUUUUGGAAUGCCUGAAGUGUUUCAGAAGGGGCUUCGUCAUUAAAUAUUAAGAGAGAGAGGAGAUCCUAACAUUGCAAGCCUUCUUAUCAAUGCAAAUAGCUCUUUUGUGUGCAGUCACAGCGCCUGUCUGGGAGCUGAGGUGAAUUUUUAAUUAUGUGUGAGCGAAACAAACUGUGACAAGGACCUUCAUAAAAGCGGGGGAGUCCAACAAAUAAGCUGCAUUUCGGCGAAUGCUAGGAAGACGGUGAGUGUGGUGCUGCAGCCAGUCAUGAACUCCCAGGACCACUCUGCCAAAGAUGCCCCACUUACUGUCAACGAACAGCCAUUCAGUGUCUGACAACAGAAGUCUUUUUUCAGCCAUUUAAAUCCUGCACUUUGAAAUUCCCUGCCAAAGACAACCAGGUCAUUGUGAUGUCCGGCCGUGAGACUAUUCGGGUGUUGGAGGUAGAGGUCGAUGUGUCUCUGCCAUCAUCAGUACCUGAUAGAAAGGAAGAUGUCAAAGCUGAGGUGGAUUCGGCUCUGCCUCCAGAACAACCUGAGGCCAGCAGCGUGCGGGGAAGCACUUCUGUGUCCCAGAGUACUGGAGGAUCAGUGCUGGAUGAGCAGCAGGUGUCUGCAGAGGCUCCGGCUCCUGCUGUCCAAACGCUGACCCCCGCUGUUCCCAUCACCGUCUCCUUGCCACAACCUCAUGCCUCUUUGCCCAUCACUGUACAAGGAUGUCCACAGCUGCUGACCCAAGAAAACUUGGCCACUCUGAUGACUGGUAUGAUAGCUCAGACGGGGUCUCUUGGCCAGCCCCUGCUCAUACCCCUUAGCAUGGCAGGAUCUAUUGGUGGUCAGGGGGGUCUGGCAGUUCUCACCUUCCCUACAACUAAUGUAGCCACUCUCCCUGGACUUGCCACAGCUAACCCAGCUGGAAACCUUCUCAAGCUGCCCUUUGCUGGCCUUCAAGCUGCAACCAUCCUGAACUCUGUCCAGCCCCAGCUGCAGACUAAUGCACAGUCUGUGUUCCAGCCUCAGGCUGCAUCCAUACAGCCAGUGCAGGCCGCUGUGCAGCAGGUGAUGUCUCAGCCACCGCUGGCGACCAGUGCGCAGGUGACUCCGGGUCAGGUGGCAGCAGCCCAGAUGACAUCAGCCAGCAGCACUGUGUCUCAGUCUAACAUUCCGUUAGCAGCUCUUCAGACUGCAGGACUCUCCAUCAAUCCUGCCAUUAUCAGUGCCGCAUCACUUGGAGCACAGCCUCAGUUUCUCAGUUCCCUCACUCCCACUCCCAUCAUCACCGGUGCCAUGUCCGGUAUGGCUGGCAUUACCAGCCAGAUUAUCACAAAUGCCCAGGGACAGGUCAUAGGGACCCUUCCAUUGUUUGUGAACCCUGCCUCACUGGCUGGAGGGACUGCUGCUUCCACCCUCCCCCUGCAGGGGGUCCAGGUCCAAACAGUUACGCCACAGUUGCUUUUUAACUCCCAGGGCCAGAUCAUUGCCACAGUGGGGAAUGGAUCUAAUGCAGUCGCAACAUCUGCUGCAGUUUUACCCAAAGCCGUUGCCCCUCCAACCCUUUCUAAACCUAUCACUCAGGCUUCGGUAACGACUGUCACCCAGUCACCAGUUGUAAUCGCUCCACAGCCGUCUGUCCUGAAGACCUCCACCACACUCUCCACCACUGUACCCAUCACCUGUGGAGACAUUGCAAAAGUUGGCCAGCUUAUCAAUAAACCUCAGCAAAUUGUUAGCAAUGAGGACGGCAUUAAUCUGGAGGAAAUUAGAGAAUUUGCCAAGAAUUUCAAGAUCCGUCGCCUGUCCUUGGGGCUUACGCAGACACAAGUAGGGCAGGCUCUGACUGCAACUGAAGGCCCAGCAUACAGCCAGUCUGCCAUUUGCAGGUUUGAAAAGCUGGACAUCACACCAAAGAGCGCACAGAAGCUAAAGCCCGUGUUGGAAAAGUGGUUGGCUGAAGCUGAGCACUGGAAUCAGAAAGGCCAGCAGAAUCUCAUGGAGUUUGUUGGCGGAGAGCCAUCCAAGAAGCGCAAGCGGCGCACCAGUUUCACGCCGCAGGCAAUCGAAGUCCUGAACUCCUACUUUGAGAAGAAUGCCCUGCCCACAGGCCAAGAGAUUACAGAAAUUGCAAGAGAGCUAAACUAUGACCGGGAAGUUGUGCGAGUAUGGUUCUGCAACCGCCGACAGACACUGAAAAACACAAGCAAGAUCAAUGUCUUCCAGGUUCAGCAGUGAUGUCUUACUGGGAGGGUUUAGUCAUGAUCAUUUAGCUUUUUGAAAGCUGAAACUAUAAUACU